AUGUCAAUCUUGCAUGUAUUGACUUAUGUAUUAUGUCCUCCUAAAAUGUAUAAAGGCUGGCUGUGCCCCGACCAUCUUGGGCACAUGUUGUAGGACCUCCUGAGGCUGUCACCACUAUGUCCUUAACAUUGGCAAAAUAAACUUUCCAAAUUGACUUGAGACUUGUCUCAGAUACUUGGUUCACACAGGUUUCUUUCAGGAGCGAUGAAAAUGUUCCAUAAACCACUCUACCUAAAAUUAGGUAGUGAUGAUGGCUACUCAACUGUGAAUACACCAAAAAACACUGAAUUGUACACUAUAAAAGGAUGAGUUUUAUGGUAUGUUAUUAAAAGUUGUUUAAAAGUGAGGGACCCCUCCAGUUAUUGAUACGGAAUGAUCUUCAGGAAAAGAACAUAAUAUGCCACAUUUUGUACACGAAAGGGGAGGUAGGUACGAAUAUGUAUACGUAUUGCUUUUUUCUAGAAGCCGCCUAGGAGUGAAACCAAAAUUCUUCACUUCUUUUCAGCCCUACCUCGAGCUCCCUUUAGAAAACCUUUCCUUCCAGCUCACACUAUCCACCAUGUCCACCUUCGCCCCCCGGCACUGAGCCUUAGAGGGGCGGUGCUCCAUAAACAUCUGCUACAUGAAUGAACGAAUCAACUAUCGGAUUUUGGGGUGGGUCGGGGCACCCCGGUUCCAGCGAGGGCUCCGCCUACCCGCGGGCUCCGCAGAGGGGCAGAGGUUGGGCGGCCGCCUCGGUUAACUCCGCUGCAGCCCAAAGCACGGGAAUCGCGGGACAGACAAACGAGCUGAGGAAAGACACCUGGAAGCCAGGAACCCGCGAGCUGCGGUCCAACUUGGCCGGAAGCUGCGGAAAGGCUCAGCCACCGGAAGUCAGUAGAGGUUUCGGCCGGACGCUCUAGAAUCCCGGAGGACCGGGAUCUCUGUGGUUGGCCGUGACGGGCACCCUCUACCGGGGAUGACACAUUCCCAGAGCUCCUGGGACCAAGAAAAUGGUGGGCACAAUUCCCUGGGCGGAAGGGGACUUCGGGAGACAGUAGCCAAGACACCAUGGCCGAGCCUCUGAAGGAGGAAGACGGCGAGGACGGCUCUGCGGAGCCCCCCGGGCCCGUGAAGGCCGAACCCGCCCACACCGCUGCCUCUGUAGCGGCCAAGAACCUGGCCCUGCUUAAAGCCCGCUCCUUCGAUGUGACCUUUGACGUGGGCGACGAGUACGAGAUCAUCGAGACCAUAGGCAACGGGGCCUAUGGAGUGGUGUCCUCCGCCCGCCGCCGCCUCACCGGCCAGCAGGUGGCCAUCAAGAAGAUCCCUAAUGCCUUCGAUGUGGUGACCAAUGCCAAGCGGACCCUCAGGGAGCUGAAGAUCCUCAAGCACUUUAAGCACGACAACAUCAUCGCCAUCAAGGACAUCCUGAGGCCCACUGUGCCCUAUGGCGAAUUCAAAUCUGUCCCCUACGGGGUCCCAGGCUACGUGGUCCUGGACCUGAUGGAAAGCGACCUCCACCAGAUCAUCCACUCCUCACAGCCCCUCACACUGGAACACGUGCGCUACUUCUUGUACCAACUGCUGCGGGGCCUGAAGUACAUGCACUCGGCUCAGGUCAUCCACCGUGACCUCAAGCCUUCCAACCUAUUGGUGAAUGAGAACUGUGAGCUGAAGAUUGGUGACUUUGGUAUGGCUCGUGGCCUGUGCACCUCGCCCGCUGAACAUCAGUACUUCAUGACUGAGUAUGUGGCCACGCGCUGGUACCGUGCGCCCGAGCUCAUGCUCUCUUUGCAUGAGUAUACACAGGCUAUUGACCUCUGGUCUGUGGGCUGCAUCUUUGGUGAGAUGCUGGCCCGGCGCCAGCUCUUCCCAGGCAAAAACUACGUACACCAGCUACAGCUCAUCAUGAUGGUGCUGGGUACCCCAUCACCAGCUGUGAUUCAGGCUGUGGGGGCUGAGAGGGUGCGGGCCUAUAUCCAGAGCUUGCCACCACGCCAGCCUGUGCCCUGGGAGACAGUGUACCCAGGUGCCGACCGCCAGGCCCUAUCACUGCUGGGUCGCAUGCUGCGUUUUGAGCCCAGCGCCCGCAUCUCAGCAGCUGCUGCCCUUCGCCACCCUUUCCUGGCCAAGUACCAUGAUCCUGAUGAUGAGCCUGACUGUGCCCCGCCCUUUGACUUUGCUUUUGACCGUGAAGCCCUCACUCGGGAGCGCAUUAAGGAGGCCAUUGUGGCUGAAAUUGAGGACUUCCAUGCAAGGCGUGAGGGCAUCCGCCAACAGAUCCGCUUCCAGCCUUCUCUACAGCCUGUGGCUAGUGAGCCUGGCUGUCCAGAUGUUGAAAUGCCCAGUCCCUGGGCUCCCAGUGGGGACUGUGCCAUGGAGUCUCCACCACCAGCCCCGCCACCGUGCCCCGGCCCUGCACCUGACACCAUUGAUCUGACCCUGCAGCCACCCCCACCAGCCAGUGAGCCUACCCCACCGAAGAAAGAGGGUGCCAUCUCAGACAAUACUAAGGCUGCCCUUAAAGCUGCCCUGCUCAAGUCUUUGAGGAGCCGGCUCAGAGAUGGCCCCAGCGCACCCCUGGAGGCUCCUGAGCCUCGGAAGCCGGUGACAGCCCAGGAGCGCCAGCGGGAGCGGGAGGAGAAGCGGCGGAGGCGGCAAGAACGAGCCAAGGAGCGGGAGAAACGGCGGCAGGAGCGGGAACGAAAGGAACGGGGGGCUGGGGCCUCUGGGGGCCCCUCCACUGACCCCUUGGCUGGACUAGUGCUCAGUGACAAUGACAGAAGCCUGUUGGAACGCUGGACUCGAAUGGCCCGGCCCCCAGCCCCAGCCCCCACCUCUGUGCCGGCCCCUGCCCCAGUGCCAACGCCAACCCCAGCCCAACCUACCAGUCCUCCUCCUGGCCCUGUAGCCCAGCCCACUGGCCCGCAACCACAACCUGCGGGCUCUACCUCUGGCCCUGUACCCCAGCCUGCCUGCCCACCCCCUGGCCCUGCACCCCACCCCACUGGCACUCCUGGGCCCAUCCCUGUCCCUGCGCCACCCCAGAUUGCCACCUCCACCAGCCUCCUGGCUCCCCAGUCCCUUGUGCCACCCCCUGGGCUGCCUGGCUCCAGCACCCCAGGAGUUUUGCCUUACUUCCCACCUGGCCUGCCACCUCCAGACGCCGCGGGAGCCCCUCAGUCUUCCAUGUCAGAGUCACCUGAUGUCAAUCUUGUGACCCAGCAGCUAUCUAAGUCACAGGUGGAGGACCCACUGCCCCCCGUGUUCUCAGGCACACCAAAGGGCAGUGGGGCUGGCUACGGUGUUGGCUUUGACCUGGAGGAAUUCUUAAACCAGUCUUUCGACAUGGGCGUGGCUGAUGCGCCACAGGAUGGCCAGGCAGAUUCAGCCUCUCUCUCAGCCUCCCUGCUUGCUGACUGGCUCGAAGGCCAUGGCAUGAACCCUGCCGAUAUUGAGUCCCUGCAGCGUGAGAUCCAGAUGGACUCCCCAAUGCUGCUGGCUGACCUGCCUGACCUCCAGGACCCCUGAGGCCCACAGCCUGUGCCUUGCUGCCACGGUAGACCUAGUUCCAGGAUCCAUGGGAGCAUUCUCAAAGGCUUUAGCCCUGGACCCAGCAGGUGAGGCUCGGCUUGGAUUAUUCUGCAGGUUCAUCUCAGACCCACCUUUCAGCCUUAAGCAGCCACCUGAGCCACCACCGAGCCAUGGCAGGAUCGGGAGACCCCAACUCCCCCUGAACAAUCCUUUUCAGUAUUAUAUUUUUAUUAUUAUUAUGUUAUUACACUGUUUUUUUGCCAUCAAAAUGAGGCCUGUGAAAUACAAGGUUCCCUUCUGCACCUGA